AUGAAAUACACUUAUAUAGCAUUAAAUUUAUUGCUAUUUUCAUUACUAUUGCAAAAUAAUUUGAUCGUAUAUGCCAAAUCACCCAUUUACUCAGAAGUAGCGCAACUCUUUGAAAUACCAGAAAGUAAAUUUCAAAAGAUAGCUGAUAAUGAAAAACCUUUAACGGAGGGGUAUAAUCGCUUAAUUCCAUUACUAGAUAAGUCAAGCUUUUGUGGAUCUUAUUUAGAUCUUAAUGGCAUUCAAAUAAUUGUCUAUGUAGUAGACACAUCUAAGAAGCAAAUCAUAACGGAUAAUAAGGAGAUGAAACCGUACCUAAAAUUUUUAUCAUUUAAACAAGUUAAGAAUUCUUUAGAGAAAUUAGACUCCAAUGUUGAUGAAUUAACUAAAUUAGCAAAACAGUACAAAGCGACAAACAUUGCAAUAAAUAAGGAGUGUGAAAAGAAUAAUAUAGCUAUAAGUUUAAACAAAAAUUUUCGUAAAUUAAAUAAAGCAUUUAUCGAAAAGGCCAAAGAACUUGAUCCAACACCAAUAAUUAUAGAAUAUGAUGAUGAACCUAAGUCACAUAAACCUAAUCCACAUAAUCCAUCGACUUUAGAAUCUCGUGAUAUAAAAACUGAAAUCCUAGGUGGAAUCGGCUUAACUGAUGCCAAAGUAACUGGAGAAACCGAACGAACCUACUAUUUGACCUACUUAGUGACUUCUGGUGAUUGUGGUCGAAAAAAACGUAAGAACACAACCGAGCCUGUUGAUUUUUAUUAUGUACCAUGGAAUGAAUUUAAUUUUGACCUCCCUGAAGGAUAUAUUAUUGGACCAAUGAUUCAGGUUUUUAUUGGACUUCGAGUAUGCAUAUCUGGUUUUAGGGCAGGUUUUACUUGUGGUUUUAUAAAAGAUAAUAAUGUGGUAGCCUUUAUAGAUGGGGUUAGGUAUGAUAACAUGAUUAUUACAGACCUUAUAGGGAAUUUUGGGGAUGUUGGUGCACCUAUAUUUUCAGUUCCUAAUCUUCUUACAUUUGUUUUCGGGCCACCUAGAGUUUAUCUUGUUGGUAUGGCUCUUGCUGUGGCUACUAAAGGUUACAACAUAGUUACACCAAUGCAUAAAGUUUUAAAAGAAGAUAU